AUGGCGGAGCACGAGGAAACGUUGAUGGAGAAGAUAGCUGAGAAGAUCCAUGGCCAUGAAUCAUCAUCGCGGAUUCCGACGACGAUGAGCCAUCGGAAUCGUCGUCGCCGACAUUUCCUGUGGAGGAACAAAAAGGUUUCGGCCGGAGCCCUUGGUGUUGCAACUGGGAUUUGGGCGUUGUUCGAAUUGCUAGAAUACAACCUUCUCACUUUAGUGUGUCACUUGUCGAUACUUGCUCUUGCAUUACUUUUCUUGUGGAUGAAUGCUGCUACCUUCAUCUACAAUACGUCUCCACCGCUUAUUCCCGAGGUUCACAUACCUAAGGACCCUGUUUUAGAGUUUGCAGAAGCACUUAGGUUUGAGAUCAACCGGACUUUUGUUGUUCUGCGGGAUACAGCAUCGGGGAGAGAUCUUAAAAAGUUCCUCUCCGGGAUUGCUGGCUUGUGGGUCUUGUCUAUUGUGGGAAAUUGGUGCAACUUCUUGACACUUUUCUACAUAGUCUUCGUGCUACUUCAUACUGUAGCUGUGCUUUAUGAGAAAUACGAGGACAAGGUCGAUCCAUUUGCCGAGAAAGCAAUGCAUGAAAUUAAGCAGUAUGCAGUCUUUGAUGCAAAAGUUCCAAGUAAGAUUCCGAAGGGGGCAUUGAAAGAAAAGAAGAAGGAUUAAAUUAUCCGGCCAAUAAGUUG